AUGACAAAAUUCAUUGAAACGAGAGGUAUACCAGACUGGAUAAUUUCAGAUCGUGGAUCUUGUUUUAAAUCUCGGUCAUUUGAACAGUUCUGUACUACUCAUAACAUAGAACAUAUAGUCAAUUCCACAAGGCACCCACAGGCAAACGGGCAGGUGGAACGAGCAAAUCGAACAAUAGUGACGCUGUUAAAGAAUAAAACCACAAAGAAGACACCAUUUUCAGCCCUACAUGGUUAUCAACCACGUUUUCACCAGGGAGUGCUGGGCUCACUAUCCCAAAACAAUAAUGAGUGGAAGGAGCCAACGGAAGUGCAAAAUGAAGUCAGUAGUAAUAUACUUGAAGGACAACGCGCAAUGUUCAAUGCUUAUAACCGUAAACAUAUACCCGGUGUUAAUCUUGACCUGGGCGAAAUAGUAGUAAUGCAGAGAGCACCAGCAUUAGGCCAACCCUCUAAACUACAGUCUAAGUACAGGGAUAAUCCACUACAAGUAAUACAAAAGCUGAACGGAGAUACCUAUAGAGUAGUCGAAGUUGCACCAGAGGGACAAUCCACCUAUGCUACCACAGCACACAUUUCUCAACUUAAGUCAUGGAAG